UAGUCUGGGUCAACAAAAUUUGGUUUGUUUCAUUGAUACAUCACAAAUUAAUCAAGAGAUUCUGUUGCUCAUAGGUUUGGAAAAGGCAAAUAUUUCCAAUCAGUUUUCAAAAACUGUUAUUCUCAUCAGUAAUUUACUAUAUUACAAGAUGAAACUACCUCUCAACUAUUGUUUCGAUUCAGAUAAAUAAUAAGUGGAGUAAAGUGAAGUAGCCUAGAUGUGUGUUAGGACUUAAAAUGAUAGUUGUUUGAUGAAAGUUACUGACUACAGUCUAGAAAAAUGUUGAAAGCUAAGAAUUGUUCUCUAUUAUUGUGUAGAAGUAAGCAUACAGGAAAGGUGAUUGCUAUCCGGAGGGAGGACCAGUCAGUAUGGGAGCGCAGAGCAGCUUUGGCUCCAACAAACGUCCGCCAGCUGGUGCGUCAAGGUGUCAAGGUCAUCGUUCAACCGUCCAAUCGCAGGGCUUAUCCUGUACAGAGCUACAUAAAUGCGGGCGCCGUAAUCCAGGAGGACAUAUCGGAGGCGUCGGUGAUAUUCGGCGUGAAGCAAGUGCCCGUCGACUUGCUUCUUCCCGACAGGACCUACUGCAUGUUUUCACACACCAUCAAGGCACAAGAGUCCAAUAUGCCUCUUCUCGACGCUGUUAUUGAAAAGAACAUUCGAUUGAUCGACUACGAGAAAUUGAUCGACGAGCAAGGUCGACGAGUUGUGGCGUUUGGGAAGUACGCUGGAGUUGCUGGCAUGGUCAACAUCCUUCAUGGUAUAGGACUCAGGCUGCUGGCUCUGGGGCAUCAUACACCAUUCAUGCAUGUUGGUCCGGCGCACAACUAUCGUAACUCGUCAAUGGCCAGACAAGCAAUCAGAGAUGCCGGCUAUGAAAUAGCCCUAGGAAUGAUGCCAAAAUCUAUCGGACCUCUUACCUUCGUUUUUACUGGGUCAGGUAAUGUGUCACAAGGUGCUCAAGAAGUGUUUCAAGAAUUACCUCACGAGUAUGUACCACCAGAAAUGCUGUCCAAAGUUGCUAAUCAUGGAGCAACCACGAAAGUGUACGGUUGUGAAGUGAGAAGGAGACAUCAUUUGGAGAGAAAAGAGGGAGGGGGGUAUGAUCGCUUCGAGUACGAACAACAUCCAUCCAAAUACAUCUCAACAUUCAGCAAAAAGAUCGCCCCACACACGUCAGUCUUAAUAAACGGAAUUUAUUGGGCAGUUGAUUCUCCCAAACUGUUGACGCUACCCGAUGCUAAAAACCUUCUCAGACCAGCACACACACCAUGGCUACCAACCUCUGAAGGCGCCCCACCGUUACCCCAUCGAAUGCUUGGCAUAUGUGACAUCAGUGCAGAUCCGGGUGGUUCCAUUGAAUUCAUGAACGAGUGCACAACUAUUGAUACGCCAUUUUGUUUGUAUGAUGCUGACAGAAACAAAGAUUUCAAAAGCUUCAAAGGACCAGGUGUUCUAGUAUGUUCCAUUGAUAAUAUGCCAACACAAUUACCGCGAGAAUCAACUGACUUUUUCGGAGACCUCGUACUUCCCUAUACAUUUGAUAUUCUACAGUCGGACGCUACAAAACCCUUGGAAGUGCACAACUUCAAUCCUUCCGUAGAAGCAGCAAUCAUAGCAAGUAACGGAAAAUUGACUCCAAACUUCCAAUACAUCCAGGAGCUGAGGAAUUUGAACCAACGCAGUCGGCAUAAAUACACAAUGGCUGAGGAUGACGGCGACCAAUCGAAGAAUGUUCUGGUGCUGGGAGCUGGACGCGUGUGCUCUCCUCUAAUCGAGUACUUGAACAGAGAAGGACAGAUCAACAUCAAAAUAGGCUCACUGCUGCGAGACGAAAUGGACAGCAUGUCGGAAAAAUAUCCUCGCGUCUCUUCAGUUCUGAUCGACGUUGAGAAGAGCAGCCGCGAACACCUAACCGAGGUAUUUAUUUGUCACUAUACAAAACAAAAAAUGCCAUUCAAAUGCUCAAUUUUAACGGUGGAAAUCAACGCAGGAGGAGACCUGAUGAAAAGUGCGCGCGCACUUGACUUCCUGCCCGGCUUUGCCCUGGAGGGAUUCGCCAACAGAGACAGCAUCCGAUAUGCCGAACUCUACGGCAUUGCCGCCGAAGCUCACACUCCGGGUGCGAAGUUCCGGGAUAUCUUACCCAAUAACCUUGAUAGCUUUGGUGCAAAGGACUUUGUCAUAAUUCAAGCCAGCUCAAAUCAUGUAAGCAAGAAUGAGGCUGACGAUGUUCUAAUAGCGUUGCGACGGAGUUUGGCGGCACUGGCAGUGGAAGCCGGUGUGACAGUGGUGAACGAGAUCGGACUGGACCCUGGCAUAGACCACCUGUUAGCCAUGGAGGUGAUUGACGAGGUGCAUGCCAAUGGUGGCAAGGUGGAGUCGUUUGUGUCCUACUGCGGAGGUCUGCCAGCUCCUGAGCACUCCGACAACCCACUUCGCUACAAAUUCAGCUGGAGUCCGCGUGGAGUGCUGCUCAACACGCUGGGACAGGCUAGGUUCCUGCUCAACUCAAAGACGGUGGAGAUCAACGCAGGAGGAGACCUGAUGAAAAGUGCGCGCGCACUUGACUUCCUGCCCGGCUUUGCCCUGGAGGGAUUCGCCAACCGAGACAGCAUUCGAUAUGCCGAACUCUACGGCAUUGCCGCCGAAGCUCACACUGUAUUCAGGGGCACUCUUCGUUUCAGUGGCUAUGUGAGAACAAUCCAAGCUCUGCAGAAACUUGGACUAAUUGAUCCGAAUCCUCAUCCAUGUCUACACCCCAAGGGACCGGAAAUAUCUUGGAGGGAAUUCAUCUGCUCACUAGUGGGACUGUCUCACUCGGACAUAUUCUACGAGAACCUUCUGAGCAAAGUGAGUGAUUGCGUGGGAGUGGACCAGUUGGCACCCCUCGAGGAUCUGGGCAUCCUGGACGACCACCCAGUCAUCAAAUACAACACACCACUCGAUACACUCAGCUUUUACUUGAGUAAUCGACUGGCUUACGGUGAAGGCGAGAGAGACGUGGUGAUUCUAAGACACGAGCUGGGCAUAGUGUGGCCGGGUGACAGGCGCGAGGAGCGGGGGGUGACCCUGGUGGAGUACGGAGACAUCAGCAACAACAUCACCGCCAUGGCGAGGACUGUCGGCCUCCCCGCUGCCAUUGCUGCCAAAAUGGUGCUUGAUGGUGAAAUCCAAGAGCAUGGCAUGGUGCUGCCUUUCACUCCCGACAUCUACAGACCAAUACUGUCACGGCUGCGAGCUGAAGGAAUAGUUUCAAAAGAAACCAUCAAGUCACUGUGAACAACCAUGUCAGGAACUGUGAUAUAAUGCUUCCAAAACGUUUAAUUUAUUGUACAAACAUUAUCUACUCUACAUAAUUGAACAAACAUUAAUAGAAAAAAAUCUUGGAAAAGCUGACGUAUUAGGCUACGGUAUUUUAUUAUAUCUUCAAUAUCUUUUUGUUUAUUUUUUGUAGUGCAAUGUACUAUUGCAGCUGCUGCAUUAAACGCAUUCCAUUACCCCAUUUAUCAAUAAAGUUUGUUCUCAAAUGAAGUGAGAAAUCUUACUGUUUGUUUUAAAUAAUAAUAAUAAUAAUAAUAAUAAUACUCAAUAAUAAUAAUAAUAAUAAUAAUAAUAAUAUAUAUAUAUAUAUAUAAUAUAUAUAUAUAUAUAUAUAUAUAUAUAUAUAUAUAUAUAUAUAUUAUAUAUAUAUAUCAUAAUAAUUCGUGGAUAACAAUCAUGAAAAUAAUGUGUAUAGAGUGUAUAGCAAAGGGUUAUCUUUGAUCUUCGAGCAAUGGAAAAAAUGGUCAGAGUAAAUUAAAUAUACAAUAUAACUCUUUAAAUAUACCGAUAUGAUAUUA